AUAGAAGCAAUGAAAGUAAAUGGAGCAAGUUGAGGGACGCACAGAUGAAAAUGUGAAAUGUUGUGGGGGUAGAUUUGGGAGCAUGGGGCAGAAAUAAGUCGGAAACGGAACAUGGCGACAGCGGAUAAGAAGAAGAAGAAAGCGAAAGCCAAAGCGGUCUCACUGCAGGACUUCCUGGCAGCUAGUGGUGGAGUGGCUACGGCACCUGCUCCGCGGAAGGUAUCAAGUUGGGCGGAUGAAAUUGAGGAGGAUGACAAACGCCAAAUAAUAGCCCUACCGACAGCACCGCGUGCAAGUCGGAUCUUCAAUGAUGACAGCGUACCGCACACACCGCCCUUCCUGGCGUACAUCUCAAAUUUGCCUUAUGAUGUGCUCGAGGAGGACAUUCGGGACUUUUUCAUGGGGUAUCACAUAGUUUCGCUACGAUUGCCCCGGGAGGAUGGUGAAAUGGGGCGCCUCCGGGGCUUUGGCUACAUUGAAUUUGAGACACGGCCAGAGCUGUGUGAUGCCGUGAGUAUGCCCGAUCCGGCGAUACGGAAUCGUCGUGUUCGCAUUGACGUGUCCAAUGAGAGUGACCAGCAGAAGCAGCGUGGUGGACGGAAUUCGCGCUAUGGGGAUCGCGAUCGUGAUCGUGACGAUCGCGAUCAGACAAACUGGCGUCGUGGCAAUGAUCAAUUUCAGGGCGAUCGUGACACAGAUGGUCGUCGUGGAGGCUACGGUGGCUUCCGGGAGCGCGAUAGGGAGUCAAGUGGGGCUGAGAAUAGCAAUUGGCGGCUGGGGGAAAGGCCCAAUUUGGAUGCAGAGCCCCCACGAAGGGGCUAUGAUGCGCCACGUGAACGAUACGGUGGACGACGGAGCAACUAUGAGGAGCGAAAACGCGAUCCGGAACCAACAGAAGUGCGUGAGAGACCAAAAUUGAAUCUCAUGCCACGCACUCUGCCAAUUGAGCCGCUGGUUGUGCUCCCGGACCCAGAGGAGCCUGUUGAGCCUCGAGAGGAGCGUACCGAGACACCCGAAGUGGAUGAUGAAGCUGAAGCUGAAGCUGAGGCAGCACCAGCACCAAAACCCGAACCCGUGCCGGCGGCAAAGAUUUUUGGGGAGGCAAAGCCCGUUGAUACAGCAGCGCGUGAGCGUGAAAUUGAGGAGAGGAUGGAGCGUGAUCGUCUUGAGAAGGAGAAGGCACUCGAGGAGGAGAGGCAGCGUGAGAAGCAGAAUAAGGAGAAUGAGAAGCCCGAAGAGGAGGCACCAAUGCCAGAGAAGGAAGUGCGUGAGCUGAAGAAGGAGGAGAUUAUGAGUUGGCGCAAGCGACCCGAACCAAAUGAUAACAAUGACGAGGAUGUAAGUCAACGGAGAAUAUCACCACGACGAUACAGUCCAGUAGAUGAUAAGAGGGGUCCACCAAAGCGAUUUGAUGAUCGACGUGGCUAUCGUGACAACAGAGACUCUUAUCAGAGAGAUCGAGAUCGAGAUUACAAAGAUGGAAGGAAUCAAGGACGACCGAGGGAUAGUAGGCAGGAUAACAGAUACCGUGAUCGCUAUGAGCACGAUGGACGUGGCGCCAGGGAUAGGCCGGGACCAGAGCGGCAUGAAAGGGAUCGUGACGGUGGUGGUGGUGGUGGGUACAGAAGUGGUGACGAUAGGCCGCCAAGGCGUGAACGUGCUCACGAAGAUUCACGCGAUAUUGAGGAUCGGAUGCCAAAAUUUAAACCCGCAGAAGGACCGAAUCUAUCCAUGUCCAACAAAUAUGCUGCCUUUCUCGAUAACGAUGCAGAUGAAUAGGUGGAUGAUGAGGAACAUUUAAAAAGAGAGAGAGAGAGAGAGAAAAAAAGAAAGUGAAAAAGGUAUGCGUCACUUUUUUUUUCAUUUAAUUUUAAUAUUAAUUUGAUUAUUGAAGCGCGUAAGGAAGGAAAAAAACUGAAUAUCUUUUAAUUGAUGAAUAAAUAUUAUAUUUAAAAGAAAAAUAAAUAAUAAUUCAUUGAUUUAUUGCAAUUUUUACACGAAAGAAAAAUGAUUUAUAAAAGAAAAGAUAAAAAAAAAGAUUUAGCUAAAUGAAACAGAAAGGAAAAAAAAAGAUUUAGGAAGAAAGAGCGAAGAUGAAAUGAUUGUGAGCGGUGAGGAAUAAUGUUAUGAUUGUUGUAAAUUAUUUUAAUAAGCGUAGAUAUGGGAAGAAGAAUAAAAAAAAGAACAUAGCAUCAUUUUUAAAUUAAAAAGAAAAAUGGAAAGAAAAUUAGUAAUACAUAUAAACAUGGUAUUGUGGACAAGAUAAUGUAGAAUUAUUUGAUUUAUAAAAAUUUUAUAUAAAAUAAAACAUAAAAAUUGAAAACUAAAAAGCUGAAGCUGAUGAAAGAGGAGCGUCUUUUAACUAAAACAGCACUGAAGGGUUUUUUAGCUGAUUUCUAAAACAACUUGAUUGCGCAUUACUAUUAUAUCGAAAACAUCGUAAUUUUUCUGAUAAAACUUACCUAAUAUAAUAUACCAUUUUUAAAAUUAGAAAAAAGAAAUUAAACAAAAAAAAUAUUAUUUAUAUUCUAAGACAUAAAUAAAUUCUAGCAUAUAAAACAAAAUAAAUAUGUAUAUAUAUGUAGUCACGUUGUUGUUUAUGAUUGCAUUUUUUGUUGCAUACUAUAACUACUUUUAUCCCUAUCCCUUUUUUUUAAUUUUUUAGGUAAAGAAAAAUGAUUGAAAUAUAAAAAAAAAUAAAGUAUAUCUCUGUAUUUACAUAGUUUUUCUCAAAAUUAUGCAUAUUAUUUUUUUUUCUUAUUAUUAUUUUCUAACUAUUACACUAUAUAUUAUUUUUUCUUUUUAGCAUAUAAGACAUUGAUAAAUAAUUAAAAAAUGAAAAAAAAAUAAAGAUUUAUAAUAGCAAAUGGACUGAAGAUUGACAUUGCAAUUAAUGAACACACACACACAUACAAACACUGAAGGAAUAAAAAAAUAUUAUUAAUUUUAAAGAAAUAUGUGGGUUUAUUUUUUAAAUUUUUUUUUUAUCAAAUAUUCUUUUGGCGCGACUAAAUAUAAAAGUUUUUUUUAUUGGCAUAACAUUUUCCACUCAUAAAUUAGCUAAUGGAUAGAUAUAAAAGAAAAAAAAACAAACUAAAAUUGAUUAUAAUCCUAUAUUAUUGAUAAAAAAAAAAAACAUAAAAGUGAAGGAAAAUAAUUAUUGGCAUUAGGUAAAAAAAAAAAAUAAAGUUUUGUAUUGUAUUUCACAUCUUAUGUAUUCAGAAACAAUAAAUAAAUUUAAUAAAGUGUAGAAAGUA